AUGCUGACGUCAGGUUGGGGGGUGUGGGCCCUCUCCCCCCAUGGCCUUGUGCUGCUCAUCUGCUCGUCCGUCUGUCUGUCCCAGCAGCCUCACAUCAAACUCGCAGACUGCAGCAGAAAGGAGCAUCCUGUUGUCUCCUACCAAAUGUUGACGCCAUGGAUGUCGGAGUUCUCCCAUCCAGGAGUGAAGGAUUUCUCCCAGCUGGCUCUGGACCUGAGCAGAAACCAGCUCAUUGUGGGAGCGAGAAACUUUAUCUUCACGCUGAGUUUGAGCAACGCCUCCCUCAUACAGGCGACAGAAUGGGCACCCAGUGACGAUACAAAGCGCUCAUGUCAGAGCAAGGGCAAAUCUGAGGAGGAAUGUCAGAACUACCUCCGGGUUCUGUUGAUCAGUGGGAGGACGCUCUUCACGUGUGGGACCAACGCUUUUGCCCCCGUGUGUAUGAGCAGGCAGAUUGACAACAUCGGUGAGGUAUUGGAAACCGUGAACGGUGUUGCCCGAUGUCCCUACGACCCGCGUCACAACUCCACCGCCAUGGUAACAGAGAAGGGCGAGUUGUACGCCGCUACAGUGAUUGACUUCUCGGGACGUGACCCAGUCAUCUACAGGAGCCUGGGGAACAUGCCGCCGCUGCGCAGCGCCCAGUACAACUCCAAGUGGCUCAACGAGCCUCAUUUUGUGUCUGUCUAUGAGAUUGGUCGCUUUGCCUACUUCUUCCUGAGAGAAACGGCAGUGGAAAACGACUGUGGGAAGAUGGUGUUCUCUCGAGUGGCGCGGGUCUGCAAGAACGACAUGGGUGGUCGUUUCCUGUUGGAGGACACCUGGACGACCUUCAUGAAGGCCCGACUCAACUGCUCGCGCUCAGGAGAAAUUCCCUUUUACUACCACGAGCUGCAGAGCACCUUUUACUUACCAGAGCAGGACCUGAUCUACGGCAUCUUCACAACUAAUGUGAACAGCAUAUCAGCUUCAGCCGUCUGUGCUUUCAAUCUGAGCGCCAUCACUCUCGCUUUCAACGGACCUUUCCGCUACCAGGAGAAUCCCCGCACUGCCUGGCUCUCUACCCCAAACCCCAUACCCAAUUUUCAGUGUGGCACUCUGGAGGAGGGAGGCCCCGGGGGAAACCUGACAGAGCGCAACCUCCAGGACGCCCAGCGCCUCUUCCUGAUGAACGACGUGGUGCAGCCGAUCACCACCAACCCGCUGCUCACCCAGGACAACCUGCGCCUCUCCAAGCUGGUAGUGGACAUCGUGCAGGGCCGAGACACGCUCUACCAUGUCAUGUACAUCGGCACUGAGUAUGGCACCAUCCUGAAGGCUCUCUCCACAACCAACAGGAGCCUUCAAGGCUGCUACCUGGAGGAGCUCCGGAUCCUCCCUGACGGACAAAUCCGGCCAAUCAAGAGCCUGAAAAUUCUCCAGAGUGACAGGUCCUUGUUUGUGGGACUCGAUGACAGAUUGGUGAAGAUCCCCUUAGAGCGAUGCUCCAACUAUCCAAACGAACGUUCCUGCCUGGAAGCCAGGGACCCGUACUGCGGCUGGGAUCUCAAACAGAAGCGUUGCACCACCUUCGAAGAGAGCUCCAAUAUGAACCAGUGGACCCAAAACAUCACAGAGUGCCCAGUGAGGAACUUAACGCAGGAUGGCGCUUUCGGUCCCUGGGCACCGUGGCAGCCCUGUAACCACGACGACGGCGAGGGCUCCAUCAGCAGCUGCGCAUGUCGCUCCCGGUCAUGUGACGGACCGGUGGCCCGAUGUGGCGGCGUUGAAUGCAAGGGUCCCACCAUUCAGGUGGCAAACUGUUCUAGGAAUGGCGGCUGGACUCCCUGGUCUUCAUGGGGCCAGUGCAGCAGCAGCUGCGGCAUCGGCUUCGAAGUCAGGCAGCGCUCCUGCAACAACCCCUCGCCUCGCCACGGUGGUCGAAUCUGCGUCGGCCAGGGUCGAGAGGAGAGGCUGUGCAACGAGAAAAGGCCAUGUCCCAUGCCAGUGGCGUGGACAGCGUGGAGCCCCUGGGCUCACUGCAGUGCCGAAUGUGGAGGUGGGGUCCACUCCAGGACCAGAACCUGUGAGAAUGGAAACUCGUGUCCUGGAUGUGCCACGGAGUUUAAGGUCUGUAACCUGGAGGCUUGCCCUGAGGUCCGCCGCAACACCCCCUGGACUCCCUGGAUGCCAGUGAACGUCAGUCAGAACGGGUCCCGGCAGGAGCAGAGGUUCAGGUACACCUGCCGGGCCCUGCUGCCCGACCCGCAGCAGCUGCAGCUGGGCAAGAAGAAGGCGGAGACCCGGUUCUGUCCCAGUGACGGGUCUGGAGCCUGUCAGACGGACUCUCUGGUUGAAGACUUGGUGAAGUCCACUGGCCGCACUCUGUCCCAGCCCCAAGAUGCUCGCUGGGGAUCCUGGGAAACGUGGUCCGGCUGUUCACAGCAGUGUUCCAGAGGUUUCCGAACCCGCAAACGUAUCUGCUCGACGGCAGAGGGCAGGACCAACCCGAGCUCCUGUGUGGGAUCCCCGGUGGAGUAUCAGGACUGCAACACUCAGCCCUGCUCAGUGAGUGGAGCUUGGUCUUGCUGGUCCCCCUGGUCCCAGUGCUCGUCCAGCUGUGGAGGUGGACACUACCAGCGGACUCGGCAGUGCAGCAGCCCCCCGCCAGCUAACGGAGGGGACAUCUGUAUAGGCCUCCACACUGAAGAGGCUCUCUGCAACACACAUACUUGUGAAGGUCGGGGCGAGUGGGGGGAGUGCGACGAGGAGGGUCUGCAGCAUCGCAGUCGCCGCUGCAGUGAGGACGUGGUGUCUGAGGCCGGACUCUGCCAGGGCAACGUCACCCAGUCCAGGCCGUGUCAGCCGCAUGAGGCGCCAGUCGUUCUACCCGGACAGGACGACCACAGCUGUGGAACCUUCACCUUGUUCCAGCUGCUCGCUGUGGGCUCAGCUAGUUUCUUUGCAGCAGCGUUACUCUCAGCGCUGGCCUACACGUACCACCACUCCCUGAACCGACCGUCAGCAGAGUCAGCGGUGAUCCACCCCAGCACGCCCAACCACCUGACCUACAACAAGCAGGGCAACAGCACGCCAAAGAAUGAGAAGUACAUCCCCAUGGAGUUUAAGACACUAAACAAGAACAAUCUCCACGUGAAUGACGAGACGUGCAACCACUUCCCUUCCCCGCUGGCCUCCAGCAACAUGUUCGCCACCACCUACUAUCCUCCCAGUCUGGGCAAGUACGACUUCCAUCCAGACUCCCCCUGCAGGGCCUACAUGCACAGCUGA